AUGGACAAGUCAACCGCACAGGGCGGCGCUGCUGCUGCUGGCACUGCCUCUGUAGCCCCCAAUCAGCCUGCCAACAAGACCAGCGCUGUCGCGCCAACCGUCAAUAAUGAGGUCGAGAUGGGAAACAUUGGUGGUGAUGCGCCAACCGCCGAGAACGACAUCAUGCAGAUUGCCAGAGUCGGGGACGUGCCUGCCAUGGAGAAGCUUUUCGAGGCAGGCGAAUACGAUGCGACAUAUUCUGACGACGAGGGUAUCACGCCCCUGCAUUGGGCAGCGAUCAACAACCAGUACGCCAUGUGCAAGUUCCUCAUCGACAACGGUGCCGAGAUCAACAGGAAGGGUGGUGAAUCAGUAGCGACACCUCUCCAAUGGGCUGCCCAGAGAUGCCAUUACUACACUGUCAACCUUCUCCUCCAACACGGUGCCGAUCCCCUCAUCACCGAUGCUCAGGGCUACAACACCCUCCACAUCUCGACCUUCAACGGAAACACCCUCCUGCUCGUCCUCUUGCUCCACCAAGGCAUUCCAGUCGAUGUGCUCGACAGCUACGGACACACAGCCCUGAUGUGGUCUGCCUACAAGGGCUUCCCGCAAUGCGUCGACCUCUUCCUCCGCUGGGGCGCCAGCGUCCACGCCACCGACGAGCAAGGAUUUACGGCUCUGCACUGGGCGCUAGUCAAGGGCUCUCCGGCGUGUAUAAUGAAGCUCAUCGAGUACGGCGCCGACAGGUUCGCGAAGACGGAGACAGGCAAGACCCCUGCUGUCACGGCGAAGGAACUUAACACCACGGGUCCCUGGCAUCGGGCUUUGAAGGAGUGCGGAUACGAUGAGGAUGGCCAGCCGGUUGAGCCGCAUUUCCCUGGUGCGCGCUUCCUGCGCCAGGACAAGAGGGGGUUCGUUACCAAGUUCUUGUUUCUCUGGCCGUUUGUCUUGGUUUGGUCCAUGAUUACGAUACUGGGAACCAUGCCCAUCUUUGCAGGACUCUUCUUCGCGCUGGUGGUUGGCUAUGGCAUCCAGUGGUGUGCUAAGCAGGUGAUUGAAUUUGCGCCACCCGACAUGAAGCACUUCCACAAGACGCCUUGGUUGGCCGGUAUCUUUGCCGCCUCUGUCUUCCUUGUCGGUCUUCGCUGGUUGACCACCAUCCUCCCCGGUACUACUGGCUCUGCAGCUACCGAGCCCCAUUGGUGGCUUAACCUGAUUUUCGGCGUUUUCUUCGGACUCACUGCCUACUUCUACAUCGCUUCCAUGCGCUACGACCCUGGAUACGUUCCCAAAUUGAACGGCAUCGCUGAGCAAAAGGCCGUCAUUGAUGAGCUUCUCAAGCUGUGGAAGUUUGAUGAGACCAACUUUUGUGUUACCUGCAUGAUCCGGACUCCUCUCCGUAGCAAGCACUGCAAGCGAUGCCAGAAGUGUGUUGCGAAGCACGACCACCACUGCCCUUGGGUCUACAACUGCAUUGGCGUCAACAACCACCGACACUUCUUCCUGUAUCUCAUCAACCUGACGCUAGGUAUCAUCUCUUUCGACUUCCUGGCCUACUACUACUUGAUCGAUGUCUCGGCUAAAGCCUCCGAGUCCUGCAACUUCCUUAGCCCCGCCCUUUGCAAGGUGGUCAACGCCGACGGUUAUACCGCGAUCCUUACUAUCUGGGCGUCCCUGCAGCUUACCUGGGUUGGCAUGCUCCUGUUUGUUCAGUUCGUCCAAGUGUCUCGCGCCAUGACCACCUACGAGAACAUGUUUGGCGUCCAGGAUGGUUCCGUUACCUCCGCGUUUACCUCCACCGGCACGCCCCUCGACCCGAACCAUCCCUCUCUUGCUACUCCGGAUGCUCCCGGCCACGGACACGGUCACAAGCACAAGGCUGGCAUGCUGCAAAACAUGGCACGCCUUCUGGGUGUGGACCCCUUCAUCGAGACUAUCCGCGGCCGCGGUGCCGCCACCCAGAACAAGCGCAGGAAGAAGAACCCCUACUCCAACGGCUGUAUGGCGAACUGCCGCGACUUCUGGUGUGACCCCGCACCGACUUUUGGCCCUCGUGAGAACGGCUCAGCCAUGCUGGGCGGCGAGCCCAUCAACUACACCGCCAUGUACGAAAGCCCAAGCUUGAUGAACAUGAGCAGAGGAAGGAGAAGAGCGGGUGGCUACGAGGCCGUUGCCGCUGAGGAAGAGGUAUAA